AUGCCUAACUUCAUUCCCGGUGGCAGCGGAUCGAGAAGAUCACGUGUUGAGCGGGAAGCAAAGAUCAAUGCUGCAUGUUCUUCGCUCACACCUGAAGAGUGGCAAGAAAAGCUCAAUGAUGCGUGUUCCUCGCUCAUCCAAAUCGGUUUCGGUCCGGAGCUGUUUACCGUCAAGAAUCUCCAUAACUUUGGGUACACUGAAAUCGACUUUCUAGAGUUGAUCGAACCGAUUUCUUCCAUCACAAAUCUUGACGAUUUAAGACAUCUUUUCGACACAGCUGGUGAAGCGUUGGUUCUUUCUUCUCUCAUCAUAACUCCGAAUGAGUUCCUUCACUUCGUCAAUUGUAUGAAAUGGCUGAAUGGUGAACUAGCCAAGAAAAAUAUGGCUGAUGCAGUACUGGAAAAGAAGAAUCCAGAAAAGAAUAAGGAAAUGUCAAAACAUGAUGUUGUCUUAGCACUAAUGCUUCUUGAUUAUGCUGCCACUGGUAUGAAAGAACGCAAACGCAUUGAGAGCGAGAUUGAUGAAUUAAAGAAGCGUCAAAACGAGCUCGAGACAGAUUCUGCAAGCAGCAGCGCUGAUAAUGUUGUUUCUGGUAUGCAAGAACGCAAACGCGUUAAGAUUGAUAUCGAUGAAUUAAAGAAGCGACAAAAGGAUCUGGAGAGAGAAUCUGCUAGCAUUACUAUUGAUUUGAAGGAUAAGUUAGGUCCGAUUUAUGAUUACGAAGAGCCAUCCUUAACUGAAUUGAGAACUGAAGCUUAUAAGAUUUAUGAAAUAGAUUGUAGAUUUAAGGGGAUAACUCCUAUUCCUGAACUUGAUGAGAUGGGAUAUGCGAUGGUGGAGGAUUUCUUUGGUGGCAUUGUGAAGGAUCGUCACUUUGUUAAGUUCUUGAAUGAUCCUGUUAGGAAAGAGAAGAUUGAAAACUUCUUCAAGGAGUAUGCUGGUGGUGCUGAUGAUAAGAAGAAGGGUGUGGCUAUAGAAGAAUGA